AUGAGCGACACGGAGAUUGCAGAGAGAGCAGGCUUGGAUGCACUUGCUUAUGUUACGCUCUUCAAAACAGCUCUGAAGAUCUUUGGCGCGUCCUUUUUGUACUGCGUCAUCAUUGAGCUGCCAGUCAACGUCACGGCAAACUACUACGCUGAGUUCAACCAGCAGCCCAGCGUCGCGGGAGACCCGGACAGGCAGCUCCAGUUCUCAAACUUUGACAAGAUGAGCAUGGGGAACGUUGACAAGGGCUCCCCGCGCCUCUGGACGCACGUGAUCGCCGCGUACUGGGUGGCGUUCUCCUGUUACUUCAUCCUUUACACAAUUUACAAGAACAUGUCCCAUUUGCGGGCCCAAUUCCUGAGCUCCUUUGGUGCCAGGGCGACCGUGCGCCAAUACGCGGUGCUAGUGACAGACAUUCCUGCGAGUGAAACGGAUCGCCACUCCCAGGUCGAUAGCUUCUUUCACAGGCUGCACCCGAGGACGUAUGAGCGGGCGCAGGUCAUCACGAAACUGUCCGAGGUUGACAAGAAGUACAAGGAAAAAGAGAAGGUGCGCCGCAAGCUGGCCCACGCCGAGGCCGUGUACGCAGAGGCGCAGAAGAAGGACUCGGAGAAAGCCAAGCGGCCGCAGCACAAGACCGGCUUCCUCGGCCUCGUUGGGGAGAAGGUUGACACGAUUGACUGGUGCCAGAAGCGGCUGGCGGAACUAGGCCCGGAGCUGGCGGAAGAGCGGCGGAAGACCGUCAACGAGCGGACCAUUGACGCGGCGCUCGUCUUCUUCAACUCGCGCGCGGUUGCCACCAUGGCGGCGCAGUCCGCCCACGCCCGCAAGGCCGAGUCGUGGCAGACGCAGUUCGCGCCGGAGCCGCGUGACGUCAUCUGGGCCAACCUGGGCGUCAGCUGGUGGGAGCGGUUCGCGCGGCAGAGCAUUGUUUACGGCAUCACGUUUCUCAUCAUCUUCUUCUACAUGAUUCCCAUCACGAUCGUCUCCGGCUUCAGCACGCUCGACAACCUGCGCCAGUUCGCGCCCUUCCUCGACCCCGUGUUUGACAUCGGCGCGGUGAGGGCCAUCUUGCAGGGGUUCCUGCCGCAGCUGGCCCUGCUCAUCUUUCUCGCGAUCCUGCCCAAGCUGCUCUUCUUCCUCACCAAGCGCGAGGACCUGACGUCACUGUCGCACGCCGACCGCGGGACCGCCGGCAAGUUCUACUACUUCAUGGUGUUCAACGUGUUUCUGGGAGUCACCGUCGCUGGCUCUGCAUUUGGGCAGCUCAAACAGAUGACCACAAACCCGACCGGCAUCGUGGACCUCCUCGGGUCCUCCAUUCCGCAGCAAGCGACCUUCUUCAUCACCUACAUCGCCCUCCGCGGGUUUAUCGGCUACGGCCUGGCGCUCUCCCAGCUGAUCCGGGUGGUUAUCUACCUGGUUAAGCUCAAGUUCACGGUUAAGACCGAGGAGGACAAGCGGGAGGCGUGGGCGCCCGGGAGCUUCUUCUACGGAAAGAACGUGCCCAAAGACCUGCUCAUCGUGCUCCUCGGCCUGUGCUACGCGGUCAUUUCGCCGAUCAUCAUCCCCUUCUGCAUCGUCUACUUUGGUCUCGGGUACAUCAUCAACAAGAACCAGGCGCUGAAUGUGAUAGUCCCCGAGUACGAGUCCGGCGGCCGCAUGUACCCCCACAUCCACAAGCGCUUCGUGGCGUCGCUUUUCAUCGCGCAGCUGACGUUGCUGGGUUACAUGGGGAUCAUGAAGUUCACAUACACGCCGGUUAUGAUCCCGUUACCCGUGCUAACCGUGGUGUUCCACCUGUUCACCAAGAAGUGCCUCGAGACGCGAUUCACGGCGACGCCCAUCGAGGUCGCAAUUCAGGUCAGCUGGUUCUCCGACGUCUUUGGGGGGUUGGGUAACGGAGGAGUUGUUGAGAUGCUGGGGCAUCUGCAGGAAGUGAGCGAGGAGCCCACUGUAAGCGAGGUCGCUGCCGCAUACACGCCGGAGUGCAUGGGUGGUAUUGAGGACGUCGAGGCUUCGUUCUCAACAGCAGCACCGGCUUCAUCGAGGGAGUACGAGACGGUGUUGCUAAACGGCGGCAACGGGAAGGUCAUUGCAUAG